AUGCUAUCCCAAUUAUCAAGUAACAAACCAGCCGUGAAUUCUACUAUACCAACACCCGUAACACCCCCACUUCAUCAUAUUAAUCAUCAAACAUCUAAUACAAAGAUCAACAGCCGUAAUAUUAUACCAUCACAGAGGCAGCAGCCAAAAACAUUAAAUACACCACCUCCUACUUCAAAGUUACCACCACCUGUUGCAACACAAAAUGAUCAUCGGAAAGAGGUCCGACUUUCUUCUCAUCCCACGGUAGCAGUAAUACAACAGAAGACAUACCCCCCAAAAAAAGAAACGAAUCCAGAGAAACAAUUUCCGCAGUCAAAAGACAUCCAGGAUAGCGAAAGUGAAAGUGAGGAAGAAGAAAAUUUUAGUGAAUACAAUAGUCAUGCAAUUUAUUUUGGCAAUAUUGAAGCAGUAAUAAAUGAAGGGAACACAGAACUCCGUCGUCGACUUAUUUCCAAAUGGUUAAGUCGCGCCGCCUCGAUCGGAGACCUUGAAGCCAUACAGCUCAUGCUAGACUCAACCGAGGGUGUUGAUAUCAACUUCACUAGUGACAAGAAGACUGGAAUUACGUGCUUAAUGUAUGCAUCAUAUUUUGGGCAUGCUCAAUGCUUAAAUUUGUUAUUAAAGCAUCCUUCUGUUGGGAUAAAUCAACAAGACAAAAAGGGUUGGACAGCGUUGAUGUGGGCUAUCAAUAGUCAUCAAAUAGAGAUUGCUCAGAUACUGCUGAAUCAUGGUGCAGAAAAGUCACUGACAACAAAAUAUGGAAGAACGGUAUAUAAUUUUCCAACAACAGAUAUAAUGAAGGAACUGUUGGGAACACCACAUAUGGAUCAAGCAAAAGUUUCCGACAAGAGCAGCCAUAGUGAAGUUGUCACUGAAACCACGAUAAGCAAAAAAACGAGCAAAACACCUAAUGUUAAUCCUGUUAACGAUCUGGAGUAUUAUGCAACGGAUGGAUAUAGUCAUUUCUUGAACAACCACAACCCGGCACAGGAACAGAGAAAUAAAGAAACUUUGGUUAUGAAUAGCUCCAGCCUUAUUACGGACGAUGAAGAGGAGGACAUAAAGCGAUGGGAAACAUCUAUCAAAUCCUCGAACACGUUUUUGUGGGACCGUUGUUUGCCGGACCAAAUGUUUGUAUUUAGCCAGGAAGACAUAAGUUUUUUAUUGGACCAAGCUUUGAAUGUGCCUGAUGUCAAAUUAUUGAUGAACAAGAGUCAAUUAAGCAAUGAGCUUUGGCAGCCAGCAAAUAUCAUCUUUCUAAGUACUCGCUUUGCUCACUAUUGCUCAAGUAGAGAACUUUUAAAUUUAUUUUUGAAAACAGUGGCUACAAGACUGGCAAAAUUGAUAAAGACAUAUUACCGUGAUAUCAACUCCUUGGCUUAUUGGAUAGCUAAUAUUUGUCAGUUAUCGAGUUAUUUGAAAAAGGAUCCUGGAUUGUCUGUUUGUACUCAUGACGCACAAGAAACCUUAUCAGAGUUGAUAUCUGAGGCAUACUCUUGUUUAAUUACCGAGUCCCAAAAAAAGAUAGAAAAAUUAUUAGAAUCAUCAAUGCUAGAAUACGAAUCCAUUCAUGAAUUGGAGCAGGUUGAAUUUGUUGAUGAUUGGCAAAGAUUUUUCAGAAGAAAUAGAAAGUCAUCCGUUGACUUUAAUUCAGCGUCAUCUCCUUUAUCAUUAUACAGCACCGAAACAUCAGCAUCUCAAUCACCCCAAUCCAUUACGAAGUUGUUAACAAAUAUUCAAUCCACAUUACAAGCAUAUCAUGUACCACCUGCCAUUGAAAUCCAAGCCAUGGCUCAAUUUUUUCACUAUUUAUCAUGUGAAUUAUUUAAUCGGGUACUUGCUUAUAAAAGAUAUCUGUGUCGGUCUAAGGCGCUUCAGAUACGCAUGAAUUUAUCCGCCAUGGAAGAAUGGGUACGCAUAAACCAUUUACCCCCAAGUCUAAAUAACGCAUUUGAGCCAUUAGUUCAAUUACUACAAUUACUGCAAUGUUUGUCGCAGAUGGAUGAUAUUCUAAUUUUUAGCUCAACAGUCCAAACAUUUGAUAAGCUUAAUCCAUUGCAAGUGAAACGAUGUGUGCAAAACUACCGAUACGAAGUGUCUGAACCUAGAUUAUCCGAAGCUGUGGAGCAAUUAUCAAACCAAAUGGCACAGGAUCAUCAGCAACAGCUGACAUUAACAAAUAGCAAUAGAAAAAAUAGCAACGAGCAGUACGAUGAAAGGGAAGAGAAGAGGAACUCCAAAUAUUUAUUGCCAUUUUCAAUUCCAGUCACGACUGCAUUACUGCAAGGAUGCCUUUUAGACAGAAUAUAUCCUGCCAUCGCAGAAGAAUGGAUUUAUAAUUUAGAUAAAAGGUUACACGUACGAUGA